UUUCACGUGAUAACAGUCACUGACUCUCUUUCAUACAAAAAUGGUUAAUUGUUAGUUAGUAUAAGACAGCUAAACAACUUGUUACUUAAGUCAGUUGCGCUUGUUUUGUUUUCUAUAUAUUAAGUUGUGAUAAAUAUUUAUAAACAAACUGUAUUUGAUUUAUGUAAAAUAUUGAAACUUACUUACUAACUGGAAGCAAAAUGGAAAUGAGAAUACGGGAAAAUAUUUUUCCGAGGCGAUGGGGUGAUAGAUUUUGUUUUCUGCUCAUUGCACUUUUUCUACCGCCAAUUGCCUUGUUUGAUUUAAUUCUUGUUGUACCGGCUAUACAUAUGCCGGGCGGGUUUAUGCAUACGUUAAUUUUUGCUUUGGGAGUGUUUUUAUUUACAAAUAUAUUGGGGAAUAUGCUUGCAACAAUGAUGGUGGACACCAGUAUCGAUGCUAUAGACUUGGAUGAGGCAACUCCACGAAAUGCACGCGCCCAAGGCUGGUACACCUGUAGGCAUUGUAUAAAAUUGGUGCCACCAAGAUCGUAUCAUUGCAAAGCUUGCAGAACAUGUAUCUUGAAACGUGAUCAUCACUGUGUAUUCACCGGUUGUUGCAUUGGCCACUACAAUUUUCGUUAUUUUGCGUUGUUUUUGUUUUAUAUGUUUAUUGGUUCAGUGCUAUCUUUCGGCUACCUUACAUAUUAUAUGUUUUGGGUGAAUGGUAACAUCUUUCUACAUUUUCUCAGCUUCUAUAAAAUGCUUUGUCCGAUACUAAUGACAAUUGACGGUAGUGUGUGGGAUAAUGUACCGUUGAUAUUCUAUAAUUUGAACACAAUUGCGGUGAUUAUAUCCUCCAUAUUACUAUUCUUUCAUGGCAUACCAAUUCUUAAUGGCAGCACUUCAUAUGAAAGACGUUUCGAUUAUCCUUAUGGGAGGGAUAUCUACUCUAAUUUGCGUUCAAUUUUUGGAAUACGAAUGUAUUUAGUGUGGCUGUCACCCUUUAUUAGCAGUGACUUAUUGGAAGAUGGCGCUAAUUGGAAUGUGGAUUUCGAUGAUAUACCAUUAGAGAGACUAUCACGGCAGGCAAACAGGAGACAACGUAUAUUACGUAGAACACGUAGAACGAUUUCAGAGUAAAAAUUGAAAUCUAAUUGUUAAAAUUUGUUAAAGAGUUUCCGUUAAAAUAUAUGUUAUAGAAUAAAUGUUAAUUAAUUUAAAUACAUAUCAAAUA